CUUCGCAACAUGCCGGAGCCGCGGAGCCGCUAGCAGGAGUUUGCACGCCGCUGCCGGGCCCGGAUCGCAGCGCUCUCUUUCCUUAUGAAGAAGGCACAAACUUGGAUUAUCACUUGCUUUUAUCUUCAACUGCUCCUACUCAAUCCUCUUGUCAAAGCCCAAAGUCCCUGCGGGAUUCCUGUGACAGAUGAUGUGAAUGACAUUGAAAAACUGGUUGGAAAUCUUCCAAAUGAUUAUAGGAUAACCCUUAAAUAUGUCGAGAAGAUGGACAAUCUGCCUAAUCAUUGUUGGUUGCAUUUGAUGGUCCCUGAAUUGACAAAGAGUCUGAAUAAUCUUCUCCAAAAAUUUAAAAAAUUUUCAGAUAUGUCAGAUGUCUUAAGUAAUUAUUCAAUCAUCAAUAAUCUCACACGGAUCAUCACUGAUAUAAUGGCAUGUCUGUCUCCUAAAAAUAAGAAUUUUAGAAAACAAAGUGAUUAUCUUUAUAAAGAAGAUCAGCUGUUCCCAGAAGACUUCUUUGAGCAUUUUUAUAGAACCAUUGAAGUCUACAACACCAUUGCAAAUAAACCAGAACAGAAUGAGUGUGUUCUGCUUUCAACCACAGUAAUACCCCAAAAUGAGACGAGAGUCACCAAGCCAUUUUUGUUACCUCCCGUUGCUGCUAGCUCCCUUAGGAACGAGAGCAGUGGUGAUAACAGCAACAAGGAGGCACUGGGCUUGCUCAGCAGCCCCAGCUUGCAAGGAAUUAGCAUAGCAGUGACAUCACUGGUGACACUUUUUGUUGGCUUUGUUUUGGGAGCUCUAUGCUGGAAGAAAACAAUCCGCAGACACCUACUAGAGAGUGACCGGUCUGCACAGUCUGAUGUCGACCAAGAGGAUAAUAAGAUAAGGUAUUUUUACUUUAUUACAGUUGAGUAG